CUCAAGGGCCUUAUCGACUCCAUUCCCACCUGGGGGGAGGUUAAGGAGAAGCAAGCCUCGAUGAAAAUGGAGGAACUCUUCCAGGAUGAACUGCGAAGGCGGCAAGUGAGCAACGUUAAGACACUCAUGCAUUGAUUAGAUCAAGAGAACAUGAAUACUUACGAGUGCGUUACUUGUUCAUUACAUGGAUGUUGAUUCACCCGAAUAAUUAGUGUACCGAUACGAAUUUGGAAAAGAAAAAUUUUUUUGGAAUUUUUUUUUGGAAGCAGUGAGACUCUUGAAUGAAACAAUGUCCUUUCUUCUAGGUACUAGAGGAGGUUUGCAUCAUGUAUAAACAAGAAAUCGUUACUGAAGUGAAUUCUAGGUAACGUUUUGGACGAGCAAAAUUGGCAUACUUGCAUCUUUCUCUCACUCGCUCUGGAUCAUUUGUAAUAAUGGCUUUGAUGUUGUUGGGCGUUUUCUCUAAUAUAACGCUGGUUCAAUUGCACCGCCGCCUGCUGAUCUACGCUGUCCAGAAAGCCUAUGUGCCAGGUGGGCAAGAAGACACCGAGGCCUCUGGAGAACUGCCUUUGGAUCACGAUGCUCAUGUAGAAGCGGAAUCGGAGACGGAGGUCAGCCUCAGUCAGGUGCAUCAGCGAGCAAAGAAGUUUUACCUCGAGCGCCGAUUGCCUCUUCUACGGGUAUCUUCUUUCGACAGCAGCAGCUGCUCUGCCCUGAUGUCAGGAGAGCACCAUAUGUCAGGAAGAACACAAGGGCAGUUGUUCACUGAUAGUUACCGAAAAGAGCUGGCACGCAGUCUGGAUGAAGAAUUUGAGCUUGCGAAAAGCAGCUUGCGUUUCAGAGGAGAUCCACCCGAGCCAGUUGUAGCAGCACAAGCGUGCAGUAGCGACAAAAGCGACGCUGCCUCCAAGAGUACCUCUUUACUUCAAAGAUGCAGAAAACGUCGGGUACUUGAAGAGGAACCUGUGGAGCCUGAAACACCACUUCUAGAUCACCAGCUGCACUACCACCUGCUCACAAAGUUCCUGAAAUUAUUAGGAGACGACGGAAAGGAGCAAUCUACAACUUGUUGCGCAGCAAAAAUCGAUCAACAGCCUGCACAUCAUGAUUUAAAUGAGGCAUGUCGAACAGCAAAUCAAACUUCGCAUGGGACGGGUCUUCAUGAUGGACCUAUGCAAGAGGGCGCUCCAGGGCUUGCACAGGCUUCGUCUACCACCGUACAGGAAUUUUGCAUGGCGCGAGAUGACACGGACAGCGAAAUCGGUGAAGAUGAAGCGGGUGAAGAUAUGCAUUCUGACGUUCCAGCUCCCUCUAAUUCAUCUGACGCAGGGCGGAAGGAUGUUCGUCUCUUACGUACGUCCGCGUCAUCGGAGGCUGAUCGUAGCAGUAAUGAUUUAUGGCUAAUAAUGUAACAAAUUCAUCUUCAUCAGAGACAUCUUCUUUAGGGUUUUCUCCACUGUAGGAGGCACAGACAUGAUGGCGAAGAUCGGAUUGAGGCAUCCUGGCCGACUAUCCUAUCCUAUCCUGUCCCAUCCCAUCCUAUCCUAUCCUAUCCUAAAGAUGACAGUCAAGAUGAAUUUCGGUUGCAAGGUCUAAAGCUUACGGCGGGUUCGAAAGAAGAAUACGAUGAAGAUUGGAACACCCAAGUGAAAAUGAAAGAAAUGUUGUCAGGACUCGUGAGCGCUCCAAACUUCAGCUUCCCAGUCGAAGAGGAGGACCGUAAGCAAGCUCUCGAACUCGCGAAAAAGAAGCAGGAGAAGAAACUCCUUGCCGAAGCUGCGGCGAAGCUCGUCGAGCAAAGAGAAGAAGCGGUGCCCACGGUCACCAGAGGUCGUUUACCUUGUAGUGGAAGGGUCGUGGCCCCAAAAUGCGUAUGCGCGUUGGCCGUUGCGCUAGUGGCGAUGGGCUGCAACUACGCAGGACCAGGUACGAAAUUCUGGCCAGGACUAAUCGGGGAAUGGGGAUGCAAGGAGUGGGCGGAGCCACCAUUAUACGGUGGCGAGGCCGCCACGACCAUCCCUCCUCCGAUGCCAAAUGCCAGUCUAACGAACUACUCGAUUAUGAACUCUACCAAGUUUUUCUUCCUAGUAUUUCAAUGGUGGUCGUCCCUUAUUCGGGUAAAUUCUACAGUCUGGGUAAAGUUUGAAUACUACUUAAGUCAUGCAUAGAUGCAAUAGGUAGAAGAAGUCGUAUUAUUAUGUCUUUUGUGCUAGUUCUAGUCUUUUGUGAAAAGAGCGUCUACUUUCUACAGUCCUGCUUGGUCUUUCUGAUCAAUGGGCCGACAACUUACAAGAUUCAUUAGGAUAGAAUUUUUCUAAAUACGUAGUGCAACGGUAGGUACUGCAUGACUGGAAGUCUGGGUUCUUGUAGCAGAUAGCUCUAAAGCUUUACAGCAGCCAGGAGAGAGUUGCAGCAUGUUGCUAGAGCCGUCUAUAUCUACGGAGCUGUCCUCGCUUCUGUCCACCUGGAGUGAUGUCCUUCCAUUGAGCACGGAAAGGAUGGCAAAUACGACAACCUGCAUGGAGAAUGAGGCGUGUCGUUUUCAAAUCCGAAAUCUCUGCCACCAACACGCCGUGCAGACCUAUAAAGACAACAAUAACUGUUUCCGAGCAGACGACGAAGGCGCGGAACAGCGAUCACAUUUGCGAUCAUUAUGGCCAACUACACUUUGUUACUGACACAAUGAAUGCAUGGCGGAAUGAAUGAAGUUGUAAUUCAACAUGAACGUACGUCACACUUUUGUAGAAGACUGUCAGAUGUUGUAGUAAUACUACGUGCAAGACCUUCUCGCGAUGUGACGAUCAGGUAAAUGAGCGGCUAGACAAGAUGUCCUUGUGAGGAUAGGAAGUUGUAAGGACUUAAUUGGUUUUGUGAUGCUUGUACUCGUGCUCGUGGUAGGGAGAAGGUACAACUCUAAGACCCUACGAGCGCAGUUCGGAUGCAGAGAGAAGCGCGCAUGUACAGUAUUUGUCGACGGCGCCUUCGCGCAAUAAGUGGUACCGGGAGCUUGUGCUUGGGCUCGGUUUUAAGCUGCGUCAGUGUGCACAGAACAUCCACUGCUUAUGGGUAAAAGCCAUCUUCUCAGCAGCAUGCUGAUCCUUCGUUUCUUCGUCCACUUAUAUUUCACUGAAGCUGAACGAGUUCUUGUUAGUUAGAAUUGUUGUCAGCAGAGGUACGACCACCUGCUCAGUAGUUAGAUAGAGGGAAACGAGGUCCAGCAUCAUUUGAGGGAAAGGAAUGCCAUUGCGGUAUAGCUCUAAAGUGAAAAGAUGCGGAGAAGCUGAUGGCGACCCUGUGGGGUCGGCUGGAAAAGUGGGAGACGCAUCUCAAGACAGAAGCCGAUAAGGCCUUACAAUCAGCACAAGAGGUCCAGAGCAGGAGUGAAGAUGGACGAGAGGCAGAUCGGGAUCCGACCGGUGAAGACUGGGCGCUCCAGGAUUACGGCUUUUUUUCAACUUAACUCAAAUUUUCUUGUCUGUCUUAUCCCAACAGUAGUUUCGUAACCCCUAAAGCUGAUUCUGAGACCAUGACUAUGAAAGUUGUUGUCUAUGAUCAACUCUGAAGAGACUUAAUUCUCGUUUCCACCUGAUGGAUCGAGGAAAACAUCUUUCUAGGAUUCUGAUAUAUGGCGAUGCCAUUAUACAAUCAAUAAAUCUACUAAUAGUAACUAUUUCUUUUUUUAUUUCUGUGAAUACCUUUUCCUGCUCCCCCCUCUAAGAUUCAGGAGAAGUCGAGGAAGAUGCAAUAUUAGUUGACAGACAAACCGGCGCAUGGAGUACGGCAGCUGUACUAUUCAGCGCCAUAGCUUUCCUGAAUCAGAACGGUGUUACGAUUACCCAUCGCUAAGGAGAACAAAAUCCGACAUCACGGUUGUUAGAAGCGGGAGUUGGCUCGAGAUGAUGAAGUGAGGUGUUUGUUUGCCUUCAAAAAUAGCAAACGUCACAGCAUGCAGUAGAAAAACGAGCAACUUCUAUCGACAUCGACGAUGAAGAGCGCAAGAAAAUCAGGAACGCGGGAAAAACAAAUCAGGAAGCAGAUAGGAACUGUGGGCUGAGAAUCCUCGCUCACCGAUUACAUGUGCUAUCGCAUUAGGACUCGCAUCUAGAUACUCGAGAACACAGCUUAUGUACUUAAAUGCAGGAUCUUUCUACAACAUCAACUUUCUCAGUCUGCCUACUUACCUGGUGGUUGCAUAUUGAGGAUUUGCAAUCGUCGUAUUACAUCACGCAAUGGGUCCUGAUUCGCAAAAUGAAAGAAUAUCAUAGAACACUCCUCUCAAAAUAUAAGGAUAGAAUAUGGAUAUAUAUGAUAACUUGUUCUCCCAGUAUUCUAGAUCUAGAUAUUGCCAGUCCCACAUAAUAGAUCGAGUGUGCAAGUGCGCCACUAAGUAGCCAUCAACAGGUAGUCCUCUUUUAUCAUACGAAGUUGAGAAUAAUAGGAAGGACACGCUUUUACUUUUAGCAACCACAACAGGAUGAUGUGCUCGAAGAACGACAGUGAAUGUGGAAAAUGUGAAUCGAAAAAAAUUCAGAUGUUACAUAAUAAGUGGUAGCUAGUAAAAAUAUGAGAACUCUGUCGCUAACAGUCAGUUUCCUUCUGAUAGUGAGACACAUCUUCAUAUGUCGCUCGUCUUGGAUCGUUUUUCUACCUUAUGGAUAUUUUAGACAAGUAUUGAUAGUACAACACAUGUCAAAUUUGAUAACCUUCUUUUUGUUUAUAAAUCAAUGAAUUGUAUCGUGCCGCCGGUAGACUAGGAGUACUACUCGGGAUCGAUGACAAUGAAUCAAUCAUGAAAAUAUUACGGUAGUGAUUUCUGUGUUUCUCAUCCUCUGAGUUUAGCCUGUGUGCAGUACCUCCUCAUAGUGUCAUCACAUGACAUCGUUAGUACAUACAUAUUCAAAGUCAUUGGUAAAAGCUUUCUACUCAAGAACUUUCCAUCUAUUUGUUUUUUCCAGUUUCUGAUUUCGUCAUCCUCUAUACGCUAAUAGAUUUGCGGUGGCGCUAGUAGUAAAAACGGCAUAAUCAUGACUGCUGGCAAAGCAUGUAUUCAUUGAGAGUUCUAUUCUGCCUUCCUAUUGUCGAAUGAUUUUGAAGACCACAUUGAUUGUCUGGAACUUUCCAUAGUUUUCUUGCGGGAAGUUCACUGAAAAUCAAUUACCGCAAGCGCAAUGAAAGAUCGUGAACACGCACUUCUCACAAGUAUCCGAUGAAAAAAAGCUGCAGCAG